GCUGCGGGACCCGGGAGCAGGCCUGGAGCGCACACUCCCGAUCAGUUGCCGCUGAGGACCACGGCCGGCCUCCCGGAGACCCCAGCCCUGCACAAAAGGCCCAUGGAGCCCCCUGGGCUCAGAGCCCGCCUCUGGGGGGCUGGUAGCCUUCCUCUGAACGUGUAGAGCCCCUGCCGCCAUGGCGCACGGUUUCACAGUGGGCUUCGACCCCCUGGGCCUAGGCGACCUCAGCUCCGGCUCCCUGAGCUCCAUCUCCUCCCGGGGCCACCUGGGCAGCGACUCGGGCUCCGCAACGCGAUACCUGCUGAGGAAGCAGCAGCGGCUGCUGAAUGGGCCCCCCCGCGGAAUCCGAGCCUCCUCGCCCAUGGGCCGUGUCAUCCUCAUCAACUCCCCCAUCGAAGCCAACAGUGAUGAGAGCGACAUCAUCCAUGCAGUCCGGGUGGAGAAGAACCCUGCAGGGAGGCUGGGAUUCAGUGUGCGGGGCGGCUCUGAGCAUGGCCUGGGCAUCUUCGUCAGCAAAGUGGAGGAGGGGAGCAGUGCAGAGCGGGCUGGCCUGUGUGUGGGAGACAAGAUCACGGAGGUGAACGGGCUGAGCCUGGAGAGCACCACCAUGGGCAGUGCCGUGAAGAUGCUGACGGGCAGCAGCCGCCUGCACAUGGUGGUCCGCCGCAUGGGCCGGGUGCCCGGCAUUAAGUUCUCCAAGGAGAAGACCACGUGGGUGGAUGUGGUAAACCGGCGGCUGGUCGUGGAGAAGUGCAGCUCCAGCCCAUCCCACAGCAGCUCUGAGGACGGCGCGCGGCGCAUCGUCCACCUAUACACGACCUCCGAUGACUUCUGCCUGGGCUUCAACAUCCGAGGGGGCAAGGAGUUUGGCCUGGGCAUCUAUGUGUCCAAAGUGGACCAUGGUGGCCUGGCCGAAGAGAACGGCAUCAAGGUAGGGGACCAGGUCCUGGCGGCCAACGGCGUCAGAUUUGAUGACAUCAGCCACAGCCAGGCCGUGGAGGUGCUGAAGGGCCAGACGCACAUCAUGCUGACCAUCAAGGAGACUGGCCGCUACCCUGCCUACAAGGAGAUGGUUUCGGAAUACUGUUGGCUGGACCGACUGAGCAAUGGGACGCUGCAGCAGCUGUCGCAGGCCUCGGAGAGCAGCUCCAGCGUCUCCUCCUACGCCUCCAGCGUCCCCUUCAGCUCGGCCGAGGGGUCGGGCUCCCUGUCCUCUGACCGCCUGGACGUCUGCCUGGGGCCCGAGGAGCCGCCGGGAAGUCGGGGGCCUGGCUGGGGCCGGGCGGACACAGCCAUGCAGACAGAGCCCGAUGUGGGGGGCCGUGUGGAGACCUGGUGCAGCGUAAGGCCCACGGUCAUUCUCAGGGACACGGCUAUCCGCUCGGACGGUCCAGCCUCAGCCCGCCGCCUUGACUCUGCGCUCUCCGAGUCCCCCAAGACUGCCCUGCUGCUGGCACUCAGCCGACCCCGGCCCCCCAUCACUCGCUCCCAGAGUCACCUGACCUUGUGGGAGGAGAAGAAGCAGCGGAAGAAGGAGAAGUCGGGGUCCCCUAGGGAGAAGGGUGCAUUGCAGAGAUCCAAGACGCUGAUGAACCUCUUCUUCAAGGGAGGGCGGCAGGGGCGGCCAGCAGGGGACAGGCGCAGAGAAGCUUGGACCCUGGACAGGGGGAGCUUGGCCAAGCCACGUCCUCGCCUGGACAUGGACAAAGCAGGGGGAGUGGGCCCUGUGCAGAAGUUUGUCACUUGGAGACUUAGACGGGACCGCGAGAGGGGCCGGGCCCUGCUCUCUGCCAGGUCUGGGAGCCCCUCCAGCCAGCUCCCCAACGUGGAUGAGCAGGUGCAGGCCUGGGAGAGCCGAAGGCCCCUAAUUCAGGACCUGGCCCGGCGGCUGCUGACCGAUGAUGAGGUGUUGGCUGUCACUCGUCACUGCUCUCGGUAUGUACACGAGGGUGGUGUGGAGGACCUGGUGAGGCCCCUGCUGGCCAUUCUGGACAGACCAGAGAAGCUACUGUUGCUGCGGGACAUCAGGAGUGUGGUGGCCCCCACAGACCUGGGUCGCUUCGACAGCAUGGUGAUGCCCGUGGAGCUAGAGGCUUUUGACGCCCUCAAGAGCAGGGCAGUUCGGCCUCCGGCUUUGCGGCCAGCCCGGCAGGACACCCCACCCAAGCGACAUCUCAUCACCCCUGUGCCUGACAGCCGCGGAGGCUUCUAUCUACUGCCUGUGAACGGCUUCUCGGAGGAGGAAGAUGAGGGAGACCUAAGGGAGAGACUAGGGGGCCUCAAGGUCUCCCCAGGUGUCUCGGCCUCCCGCCAUUCCCACAAAGGGUUCCCCCCUCUGCAAGAUGUGCCAGUAGAUGCCUUUGCCCCACGUGGAAGCGCCUGUGCACCCCAGCCCCGGCCCCCUCCCGUCGCUCCUCGGCCCCCACGGCCUAACUGGCUGCUGACCGAGCCCCUAACCCGAGAGGACACUAGGCCUAUCCCCAGCCAGGGUCCGGCUCAGAGCCGCAGCCGCAGCCGCAGCCGCAGCCGGGGUCGAGGCAAGUCCCCUGGACAAAGACGUUCCCCAUCUCCGGCGCCUGUCCCCGCCAUCAGCACAGCCAAUGGGCGCUACCACAAGCCUCGGAAGUCCAGGCCCCCUUUGCCACGACCUCUGGACGGGCAGCCAGCCAAGACAGGGGACAGUCAAGGGACAUCCGAGAAUGGGACUGGCAGGAUCCCAGCCAAGGAGGCAGCCCCGAAGACCCCCAGCGGGGAGCUGAGGACAGUCACUCUGUCCAAGAUGAAGCAGUCCUUGGGCAUCAGCAUUUCUGGGGGCAUUGAGUCCAAGGUGCAGCCCAUGGUCAAGAUAGAAAAGAUCUUCCCUGGGGGAGCUGCCUUCCUCAGCGGGGCCCUUCAGGCCGGCUUUGAGCUUGUGGCAGUGGAUGGAGAGAGCCUGCAGCAGGUGACCCACCAGCGGGCGGUGGACACCAUCCGCCGUGCCUAUCGAAACAAGGCUCAGGAACCCAUGGAGCUUGUGGUCAGGGUCCCUGGGCCCACACCACCUCCAUGACCCUCUGAUUUGUCAGCCCUCCUCGCCGCUGACUAGCAUCUUCCUGUUGACCCAGCCACAGACCACUGAUCCCCUACACUAGUCCAAACCCGGUCCCACAACCCCCUGCAGGUCCACCUAGACCACACCCACUGGUGUCCAGGAGGAGAUGCCUUCAGCCCUCCAGACUUGAUGCAAAAAUACCAACCAGACUUCCUACUUAUCCCCACAGCCUAUUGACCUCUAGAGCAGUGGUUCUCAACCUUCCUCGUGCAGUGAGUGACCGAUGAAUACAGUUCAUGUGGUGGUGACC